AUGGUGUCUACAACUGCAUUGAGAAAACACACCACGAAUACAUCGUCACCCAGGACUAGUACCAGUACUAGUACUUCUACGUCUGCUACUGCUCAUACCAAAAGAAAGUUGCAUGAAUUGGGUGACAUUUCCAACACACCCACACCCAUUCUCAAACAACGAAAACAUCACCACCUAAACUCACGUCGUCCCCACAGCAACAAUAAUAGAAAUAGUUCAUGGCAACGUCGACAGCGACAACAUGUUAACCAUUUGAAUUAUCUGAACAAUAGUGACGAGGAUGAAGCUGACGCUGAAAAAGAUGCCGACAUCAGUACACCAAAGAGCAAGAAAACUGCUUCUACUUCUAAUUCAGCUAAUACUACCCCUGACAAGCCCAUCACUAGACUGGAUCUGAAACAGCAGCAACUGUUGCUUCAGCAGAAACAAAACUAUGGAGCAAAGGAGGAACAAGGCGAACAAAAACACCAACUCAAAUGCAAAACCAAACGCCACCUUCACUCCUCUGCUGACUCAGAAAACUAUACACAUCAAAAAGAACACUAUCGUUGUCAAACAUCACCAUCUCCCACCGAUAUUUCCUCCCCACCAGCUAUGAAUCAGGAAGAAGAGUAUAUGUUGCAAGAAAUGUCUAAAAAGUCAGGAUACUUUAACAGCUCAUCACACGCCAAAAAUCAACAUGAUGGCGACGAAGCGACUAAUGCUCAAGAUGAGGUACAGCAACAUCAACGCUACCAACACAGACGCUGUAAGUCUGUCACUUUUCAACUACCACAUGAUGAAGAAAGGGGGUUUGAAAGCUCACCAUUGUUGACACCCAAGAAUGAUGACAGUGACUUGGAAGAGGAGUUAUUGGCUAGACAUAGACAACAACAACAACAACAACAGCAGCAGCAGCAGCAACAACAACAACAACAACAUGAGCAAGAUUUGGCAUCUGUCUACCCGUCAACUCCACCUGAAUCUCUUCAACAUGAUGAGGAUGAGGAAGAAAAGUCCUUUGAAACGAAGGUUGUGGAUGUAGUCGAAACUAGAACCCCACCAAUUGAACCAGAAUUUCCCUCGCAAUACCUGGCUCUGGAAGCCAAAUCUGACUUACAAGCAUCAAAUGAACAUGCGCCUACUUUGGAAACAGAACAACCAGGGCAGUCUACUGAUAAGUUGUCCCACAACACCGACUAUGUUUCCCUUUCAUCCACACUAACCCUAAUUCAAAACCAACGCAAUCAAAUAAAACAAGAGAUAAUCAACUUAUCUAAGCUCAAAUCACAAAUCACCACAUCGUCCAAGUCAGAAACCAUUGAAUUUGUUUCGAAAUUACUACAAGGUGGAGAUCAAUUGGGAUUACCAAAACCUACACCACUUGUAACUUGUCCAUAUAUACAGUGGGGAAAAUACCAUCCUACGUUGGCCAACUUAUCGCAUGAAUUGCAGCUGGAGUCAUCUAAAUCAAACAAGAAUGACACACCUUUUAAAUUUGUCAUUUGA